AUGCAUCAUCCACAUUCACAACCUUCUCAUGUUGGGCCAUUCCUAGCCUUGAUUCGCCGCAUCGCGAAGCAUAGUCGCAUCGCAUUCGCCUCUCUGCCGUCGUUGCUGAUCGCGCGGUGGCAGCACGGCGCGCGACGAGCCAACACCAUGUGGCGCCAGCGCCACCCGCGGAGGGUGGACUCGCCGCCACGUGGCAAUCUCGAUGGGGACGUCAAGGACAACCUGCGCGCCAUGACAGCUGCGGGCGAAUCGCAAACGACAGCCACGGGAGUUCACAGACGGCCAGCCUUUCUCUUGCCUCGUUUGGCUGUCGCUCUCGUUAUAGUCGUCCUCGUUUGCGUCGCACUGAGCGCCCAUUCCGCGUUCUCGUCGCCAUUCGUCCAGCGCAUCUGCCACCGCCUCUCCGCGCCAUCCGGAACGCACAGAUCAGCUCUCUCUUCUGCGAUGAACGGGGGAGAUGUGCUUGACGAUCAGCCGCGCGCCGCCGACGAUCUCGAUUCGCGUCCGUUCGCCAUGGCCGCUGACAGCAGCGGCAGCGGCGGCACCACUGACCGGAAUGACCACCGAAGCCGUGGGGACAACGGCGACGCGGAGGAUCGCUCCGCGCGCGACGCGUCUCGCAUGCACGUGCGGCUCAUCGUGCUCACGUUCGACCGCGCGGCGAGCCUGUCCCGCUGCUUGCAAUCAUUGCGGGCGGCAGACUAUGGCGGCGAUGACGUGUCACUGGACAUCCACGUGGACCACCCAUUCGCGGGCGUGCAGCUGAACGACCCGCUACAGCUCAAAGAUCGCUUAGACAGCCGCUCGUGGGAGGUGGGGGAGCAGGCGGACGACUCGGAGCAGGCUGAAUCCGCGGCGGAGGGUGGUCUGGGGGGAGGCGGGGCGCGGAACCAGGGGCUCGAGGCUAAUCCGCAGCUGCCUGGCGGUGCGAAACGCGGAUUCGCGUCCCCCGGUGCGGUGGGGCUGGGGCACAGCGCGUUUGGCGUGGAGGAGGCGGGGGACCUGUCCAACUGGCGCCACAGAGGGCGGCUGUGGGCGCAGCGGGCACAGAGGACGAAGGGGGAGGCGCAGGGGCGGCGGCGGCUGGGGGAGGUGCGGCCAGUAGUUGGAGCGGUGCAGAGGCGUGGCGCGGGGGAGGUGGCAUCGAAGCGGCAAAAGUUCCGGUCGGUGCUGGCGGUGGCGGACUCGUUCCCAUGGCAGCACGGCCACAAGCAGGUGCACGUGCGCAGCAUGAAUGGCGGAGUGCAGGCGCAGUGGAUGGAGGCGUGGUGGCCCAGCGACAGCAACGAGUUUGCCUUUGUGCUCGAGGACGAUGUCGCCGUCUCGCCGCUCUUCUACGCCUACCUCAAGCGCAUGCUGCUCCGCUACUACUACAACCAUACCGAGUACGACUCUAACGUGUACGGCAUCUCCCUGCAGCGCCAGCGCCUCGUGCCGGGGCAGCCGGCGCGGGCCAUAGCGCAUACGGGGCGGCCGUUCCUGUACUCAUUAGUGGGCACGUGGGGGCAGCUGCUGCUGCCGGCGCCGUGGCGGGCGUUCCGCGUGUGGUACGACGCGCGGCGCUACACGCCGGGGCGAGAGCCGGGCAACGGCAUCUGGACGCCGUGGAUCGUGCGGUGGGCGCACGCCACGGCCGCCCUCAACCUGUACGCGUCGCUGCCGGGCGGGCUGGCGCUGAGUGUGAGCCACCGCGAGCAGGGCGAGAGCUUCAAGCGCUCCCAGGGCGCUGAUGCCACUCUGCUCAUGCCCGAACACCUCGCUGCUGGAGAACACCUGGGUGCAGCAGAGCAGGUGAACGCAGGAGGACUCCUGAAUGCAACAGAGCACCUGCCGGAGCACCUGAGGGCAGGGCAGGUGGUUGCAGCAGAGCAGGGCCCAUGGUGGUGGAGGGAGCUGCCCCCGUUAGCCUCGCUGCCGCGCUUUGACUUCUGCCUGCGCCCUCUGCCCUGGACCGGUGGGGGAAGAGGGGAGGCGGAGGCAGGGGGUGAUCACCAGGAGGGUCGUGCAGGAGCUGGCGAUGAGUCAGAAGGAGGUGAUGCUGAGUCAGCAGGAGCAGCAGGAAUGGCGGAUGACACGUAUGCAUCCAUGGUGACGCGCGAUGAAGAGCUGUUACGAGCGGUGCAGAGUGCGAGACGGGUGACAUCCUUGGCUCUGCUCCUCCUGCCCGACCUCCAACUCUCUCCCACUGACCCCUCCACACCACCCCAGCAGCACCACGCCCACAUAAACCCCUGGGCCUCCUCCCUGCUGCGCCACACAGACAACCCUCCCCCUCCUGCAUGGCACCAGCUGGCGCGCAACUGGGCGUGCCACGUGGACGGGCUGGGGCUGUCCCACUAUGCGGUGCUCACCUCCUGCCCCGCCCUCGCCCUGCACCUCGCCACCCGCGGCCACCUCGUCUCCCUCCUCCCCUCCUCGCCCUCCCCUCCUUCCCCUGACCCCCCCUCUCCGCUUCCACCCCCCCUCAUCCCAUCCCCCACACACCUCCGCACGGCUGUGCUGCUGUCAGCCCGCCUGCGCGUGCCGGUGCUGCUGGCCUCCCCGGCCGUCACGUGGCGGGGCGACCCCUUCCUCUGCCUCUUGCCCCACCUGCUGCAUGCGCACCACAGCAGCCAACAGCAGCAGGGCGACGGGCAGGCGCAGGGGCAAUGGCAGUGGGUUGGUGACGGCGACAGCAGCGACAGUGGAUUCGAUACAGGCGACAGCAGCAGGCAGGAGGACGCGAGGUCAUGGGAGGCGCUGCGAGCAGCAUGGCUGGAUGCAGGCAACAGUGCCGCCCGGUGGGCUGCACUGGAGGAAGCAGCGAGGAAGCUUCGUGUGGGUGUGACUGUGUGGAGGUUGGGGCUGCCAUGCUACAUGGCGCCAUCAGAGGUGAACUCCUCGUUUGAGUCACAGGGGGUGCAGCAGGGGGCGUGGAUGGUGGCUGGGGGGAGGGGGAAAACAGCGGAAGAGGCGGUGGUGGGGAUGAAGGGGGCGGGGUUGUGGGAGCUGGAUUCGGUGGAUUAUGUUUACUCUACAUAG